AGGUAUACCCUAGUAAACCUAUGCAUGUAUUCAAUGAAUAUAAUUAUAAUUCUCAGAAUAAGAUAAUGCAGGUGAUCACCAAAAACAAGUUACUAAAAUUAAAAGAAAUGAAUGGUGCAGGUGAUACAGGCAGAGGCCCAAACUCUCUUAAACUGAAAGAUGUCUACACAGUCCUAUAUGAUGUGACUGAUCAAUGGUUUGAUAUUGGCCUUCAACUUGACGUUGACUCAAAUGACCUAAAACGGAUUUUCAAUGAGAGCACCCUCCAAAACAAUACAGAGAGACUGCGUGAGAUGCUCACUGUGAGGCUGAACCAAGGAGAGUUGACAUGGGAUCACAUCAUAGAGGCUUUAGAAAAUCGUACUAUUGACCAAAACGUUAUUGCCGAUGAAAUAAAAAGCAAAUACAUCACACCACAACCUGCAACUACAGUAGAAAUAGCCAAUAGCAUGCCAACAAUGGCCCCCACUGUGACAGUGACACCGGUAACCAGCACAUCCAACACAGCAACGGAAACUCGAACUACAACUAUCACUGCCGCUACCUCGAGUCAACCACCGUCGACUUUCAAGGAGCCUAUAGAUUUGCUCCCAAACUAUAUCCCAAAAGGAAACAUAAAUAGUACUUGGGAAAGAAGUCCCUACAGUACUCCAAUGGCAAGGAAAAGGCCAGCCAGCAACACUUUAUCAGAAAGCAGCAAGCGCCCCAAACCAUUGGAUGCAGAAUUUUACAAUGAAGACAUGUUUGUCAGUAAGAGCAGCAUAAAAAAAUAUCAAUGCAUUCAUUGUAAGAAAAUACCAAAGAGAUUCUUUCGAUGCAAGUGUGGAAAAGUGGACAAAAAACAAGAAAGCAAGGGUAGAGCGAGAUUUGAUGGCAAUACUUGUAGCGAUUGCAAAAUUUAUCCUUGCACUAACUGUGGGCAAAGCGACCAGUACGAACCUGAUAAGGUCACUAACAGCAACAUAGGCAAACUAAAAGUGUUCUGUGAAAACAAGUGUGGAGAAAAGAUAACUCUCACUAACCAAGAAAACAGAAGCCACGUAAGAAACGAGUGCUCAAAGCGAAAGAGGUCAUGUAAAUAUGCGUGGGCAGGUUGCAAAAUCGAGGGAACUGGAGAUGUGAUAGAACAACAUGAGAAAAAAUGUGACGUACAUGUCCUAGCUGCUAUUGACAAACUACACGAACCACAAUCUGCAACUACUACUAUACCACCAGUAGAGAGAGCUUUUGCAGCCAAUAUUAUCAUGCCAACAAUGGCUACCACUGCAACAGUGACACCGGCAACCAGCACAGCAACGAAAACUCUAACUACAACUAUCACUGCCGCUACCUCAAACCAACCAUUGUCGAUUUUGAAGGAGCCAAGCACUUCCACCAUACUUAUAAACGCACUACCCAGAGGGAUAUUGAAUUUUGGUUUGCCUUCAACCAUUGUCCCAAACAGAAACAUAAAUAGGACUCGGGAAGAAAAUCACUCCAGUACUCCAAUGGCAAGGAAGAGGCCAGCCAACAACACUUCACCAGAAAGUAGCAAGCGCCCAAAAACAUUGGAUGCAGAAUUUUACAACGAAGACAUAUUUGUCAACAAGAAGAACCUAACAAAAUAUCAAUGCACUCAUUGCAAGAAAUUACCAAAGAGCUUCUUUCGAUGCAAGUGUGGGAAAGUGGAUGAAAAACAAGAAAUAGGAAAGGGUAAACCGAGAUUUGAAGACAAUACUGGUCUAUCUUGUAGCGACUGUAAAAUCCGUCCUUGCUCUAACUGUGGGCGAAAUGACCAGUACGAACCUGAUAAGGUCACCAACAGCAACAUACGCAUGCUAAAGGUGUUCUGUGAAAACAAAUGUGAUGAAAACAUAACUAUUGUUAAUCUAGAAAACAGAAGCCACGUUAGAAACAAGUGCUCAAAGAGAAAGAGGUCAUGUAAAUAUACGUGGGCAGGUUGCACACACGAGGGAACUGGAGAUGAGAUAGAAAAACAUGAGAAAAAAAGUGACGUACAUGUCCUAGCUGCUAUUGAAAAACUACACAAAGAAAAUCUUGAGCUCAGGAAAGACAACUCGGAUCUAAAGAAAGACAAUUUGGAUCUAAGCAAGCGUAUUAAAAUGAUUGAAGCUAAGUUGAACCCUGGAAGUUCAGGACCACUAACAACACAACCAGCUAUAAUCUCCCAACUACGCAUCUGACUGAACACUAUAUACAUAUAUAGUAAAUAAGAUUUUUGGAAUUACUUUGAGAAACAAUUUUCAAUGAAUGUACUGAGGAUAAUCAAUUUUACAGUUACUUUAUGGCAGGCUUCCACGCUAUGAGUACUAUUCAUAGCAUGUUACUAUUCAUAGCAUGCUUGGCGAGCUUCGACAGCGUAUAUAUAGACACAGGAAACUUAGGGGUACAAAACAGCUCACUCUCACUGAUAGUACUAUCUAGAGUAACCACACCACAAUUAUAAGGAGUAGAUGUACAAGCUCAUGUAUUCAAUGAAUAUCCAGAACAAGAAUGCUCAUGUGCAAUUGCAAUAUGAAUAAGGAUUUAUCACAUGACUACUCAGAUUCAAAUUUAUGGGCCCCAAGAACAAGUAACUUUGAUAAAAGAAAUGAAUUGUGAUAUAGAAAAAGGGUAUGUCAUUGUUAACCUUAACCUUAGACUGAAAGAUGUCUACACAGCUCUCUAUGACGCAACUGAUCAAUGGUUUGAUAUUGGCCUUCAACUUGACGUCGACUCAAAUGACCUAAAAAGGAUUUACAAUGAGAGCACCCUCCAAAACAAUACAGAGAGACUGCGUGAGAUGCUCACUGUGAGGUUAGCCCAAGGAGAUUUGACUUGGGAUCAAAUUACAGAGGCUCUAGAAAAUCGUACUAUUGGCCAAAAGGUUCUUGCCUACGAAAUAAGAAGCAAAUACAUCGAACCAGAAUCUGCAGAACCAGAAUCUGCAACUACUAUACCACCAGUAGAAAGAGCUUUUGCAGCCAAUAGCAUGCCAACAAUGGCUACCACUACGACAGUGACACCGGUAACCAGCACAUCCAACACAGCAACGAAAACUCUCACUACAACUAUCACUGCCGCUACCUCAAACCAACCACUGUCGAGUUUCAAGGAGCCAAGCACUUCCACCAUACUUAUAAACGCACUACCCAGAGGGACAUUGAAUAUUGGUUUGCCCUCAACCAUUGUCCCAAAAACAAACACAACUAGCACUCGGGAAGGAAAUCAAUCAGGUGCUCCAAUGGUAAAAGAAAGGCCAGGCAGCAACACUCUACCAGGAAACAGCGAGCGCCCCAAAACAUCGGAAGCAGAAUUUUACAACGAAGACAUGUUUGUCAUUAAGAGCAGCCUAAAAAAAUAUCAAUGCAUUCAUUGCAAGAAAAUACCUAAGAGAUUUGUUCGAUGCAAGUGUGCGAAAGUGGACGAAAAACAAGAAACUGGAAAGGGUAAACCGAGAUUUGAUGGCAAUACUGGUCUAUCUUGUAGUGACUGCACACACCAGGCUUGUACUAGCUGUGGGCAAAGCAACCAGUACGAACCUGACAAGUUCACGAGCGACAACAUACGCAAGUUAAAGGUUUCCUGUGAAAACAAUUGUGGAGAAACCAUAACUCUCAAUAACCUAGAAAACAGAAGCCACGUUAGAAACAAGUGCUCAAAGAGAAAGAGGUUAUGUAAAUAUGCGUGGGCAGGUUGCAAAAUCGAGGGAGCUGGAGAAGAGAUAGAAAAACAUGAGAAAAAAGUUGGAGUACAUGUCCUAGCUGCUAUUGACAAACUACAUAAGGAAAAUCUCGAGCUCAGGAAAGACAACUCAGAUCUAAAGAAAGAAAACCUGGAUCUAAACAAGCAUAUUAAAAUGAUCGAAGCUAAGUUGAACCCUUGAAGUUCAGGACCACUAACAACACGACAGCUAUAAGCUCUUAACUAUACGUAUCGUAAUUACGAUUGAACACUACAGUAGUUUUUUUGUAUUGUUACAAACACCUUUCAAUGAAUGUACUAAUGUAAUUCACAAAGCAUACACAAGGCAAAAUUUGUAUCUACGGUUACUUUAAGGGAGGGUUUCACGAGGAAUUUAUGGAUAUGAAUAUAGUCACACAUAGUUAGAAGGGCGUGUUUGAAAUCAAAGAUGGCUACUAACAAACAUGAGCUUUCGAGUAACGACCUAGCACUAGUUCUGGAGGAGCUGUUCACAGUGCAAGGCGAAUAAUGGACUCUGUGUCCGGAUUGGGUCCGGCUAUUCUGGGAAAUAUUCAAAGUAGCCACCAAACAAAUGCAGUUGGCCUUCGUGAUAUGCUCAACCAGGGGAUAAACCAAGGAGGCUUGACUUGGGAAAAAUUGCAGAGGCUUAAAGGAACGUCACAGUCGGAAGAAAAGGAGUGGCCAGGCAGAUCAGAGCAAAAUACUGUACUUCUAUCGUUACACAAACAGUAUUAACUACAACAAGAGUUAAUUGCACCAGGUGGCUCCACGGCAACGAUUCCCCCAACAAGGAUCUAGGAACAAGUGACUUUGAAAGACUCUAAAGAAAUGAGUGGUGAUACAGACAGAGGCCCAAACUCUCUUAAAAAUGUGUACACAGCUCUAUUUAAAGUAGCUGAUCAAUGGUUUAAUCUUGGCCUUCAACUUGACGUUGACUCAAAUGACCUAAAAAAGAUUUCCAGUGAGAAGAACCUCCAAAAAAAUGAAGAGAAACUGCGUGAGAUGCUCACUGUGAGGUUAGCCCAAGGAGAUUUGACUUGGGAUCAAAUUACAGAGGCUCUAGAAAAUCCUACUAUUGGCCAACAAGUUAUUGCCGAUGAAAUAAGAAGCAAAUACAUCAUAACACAAGCUACAACUACUACACCAGUAAAGAGAGGAUAACAAUCCUAAACCUUCUGCAACAAAAAGCACUCCAGUAAUGUCCCCGGUAACUAGCACACUCAACACAGCAACAGGACUCACAACGGGGACUCACACUACAGUUACCACUGCUUCUAUCAACAGGUGAUUAUCUAUGCAACCUACCACUGCCAUGGCUACAAACACACCACAAGCCUCGAGCACAAAUACACCACAAGCCUCAAGGACAAAUAAUAGCAGAAGCCAGUGGUACUCAGGAAAGAGGUCACUCCAGUACUGCUCCAGUGGGAAAGAAGAGGCCAGCCAGCGACACUACACCAGAAGGCAGCAAGCGUUCCAAAACAGCAGACUAUUAUGAUGAAAAAAUAUUUGCCAAUAAGAAUAUUCUAACAAAAUAUCGAUGCAUUCAUUGUAAUAAAAUACCAAAGAGUUGCUUUCGAUGCAAUUGUGGAAAAACUGAUAAACAAGAAGUUGGAAGGGGUAGAGCAAGAGUUAAAGACAAUACUGGUCUAUCUUGUAGUGACUGUAAAAUCAAUCCUUGCACUAACUGUAAGCAAAGCGACCAGUACGAACCUGAUAAGGUCACCAACGGCAACAUAGGCAAGCUAAUGGUGGUAUGUGAAAACAAAUGUGGUGAAAACGUUCCCCUUUAUAAAAGAGAAAGCCAUCUUAAAAAUGAGUGCUCAAAGCAAAAGAGGCCAUGUAAAUACGUGUGGGCAGGUUGCACACACGAGGGAGCUGGAGAUGAGAUAGAACAACACGAGAAAGAAGUUGAAACACAUGUUCUAGCUGCUAUUGACAAACUACACGAGAAAAAUCUCGAGUCCAACUCGGAUUUAAGGAAAGACGACUCGGAUCUAAGGAAAGACAAUUCAGAUCUAAAGAAAGACAAUUCAUAUCUAAAGAACGACAAUUCAGAUCUAAAGAAAGACAACUCAGAUCUAAGGAAAGACAACUCGGAUCUAAAAAAGCGUGUUGAAUUAAUCGAAGCUAAAUUGAAUGCUAUGAGUACUGCACUACAACCCUAACAACUAUAAAGAGUCGAAUUGAACACUGUUCUUGUAUACACAUUUAGAAUAGAAUUACACAUCAAACGGUUUUUGUUAUAUUAAGUUCCCUUUCUUUCUUUGAUUUGA